AGCCGGUGAGCUUGACAUCCUUCCCGGGUAGAAGCGAAGCAUUUCCUUAAUGCGGACUUUGUCUGCAGUUUAAAAACUAUUUUUCGCUAUAGCCUUUGGUCUCUUCAUGUAGCAUAAAUGCCGAAACUUUCGCCCAAAGCUCCGGGUUUCGCUGCCGUCUGCGUUCAUUGCUAGGCGAUGGACGGGAAGCAGAUCCAGGUGAGCGACGAAGAGCCCCGAGUCCUACGAGAAGAGAACCGGAGGAGGAGACGAAAGAAGGCCAUCACCUCGUCUUCUUCCGGCUCCAUGGAUCAGAUCGCUGUGGAGUUCGUCCUGCCCACCACGGCGCGGGGCGGAAACAGCCCCGACACUCUGCAGCUGGAGGUGGCUGGAAACUGGACGGUGGAGCAGGUGAAAGCUCAGGUGUGGCUGAAGGCGGUGACUUUGAACCUCUGUCCUGACUUCUACCAGCGGCUCUCACCCGACCACUGCAUCCUGCUCUACCAGAAGAAAGGCAACGUGUGUGAGAUCUACGACAAGCACCAGGUCUUUCAGACGCUGGACUGCAUUCGCUACUGGAGAGCCCUGAAGAAAGAUGUAGGCCGGAUCCAGAUGGUUCCCCGCCCGCAGCCUUCGGACGAGUCCCUGCAGUACCAGCGCUACCUCAACUACCUGAUCGGCUACGACGUGACGGAUGUCAGUAACGUGCACGACGACGAGCUGGAGUUCACCCGCAGGAAGCUGCUGACGCCGCGGCGCAUCGAGCUGUCCGACCGCGACCCAAAGCUCUACUCCAUGGACCCCUGGGUGACCCGCAAGCUGCUACCUGAGCACCUGCUCAGCAAGGUCGGCAACGGUAACAUCCUGGUAGUGAUCCACAUCGGCACGGCCAGUCAGACCAUCAAGGUGUCCAUCGAUGACCCGCCAGCACAGGUGUUGGCAAGUUUUUUCACAAAGACAGCCAAUAAGAGAGCUUUGUUGGGCAUUCCUGAAAACAUGUGUGAGGAAGACUUUGUGAUGCGUGUGUGUGGAAGGGAGGAGUACUUGUACGGGGAUAAACCACUGCAGAACUUCAACUGGAUCCGUCAGUGUCUGAAGAACGGAGAGGAAAUCCACCUGGUUCUGGAGUCCCCACCUGAUCCCGAGCUGGAUCUGGUCCAGAAGGAGGACUGGGCACAGGUAGAUGACUGCACAGGAGUCGCAGGUACCCAUGAGCAGUUGACCAUUGAUGAGAAGGACCAUGAGCGGGUAUUCACUAUCUCCAUGUGGGACUGUAACAGGAAGUUCAGAGUGAAGGUGCUGGGUAUCGACAUCCCAUCCCUCCCCAAAAUCCCAGAGUUCAUUGUCUUCAUAGAGGCCAGCAUCUUCCACGGCCAGCAGCUUUUAGCCCAGGAGAGGACGUCCUCUAAAUCCUUCAAUGAAGAAGUGCUGUGGAACUGCUGGCUGGAGUUUAACAUUAAGAUCAAGGAUCUGCCUAAAGGAGCCCGCCUCAACCUCCAGGUGGUUUGUGGGAAGCAGCCCCAGACGCCAAACUCCAAGGGAGGCUCUACCUACCAGGAUAAUACAGCAGGAACAGGCAGCCAUGAUGGAAAGACCAAGAGCCGCCUUUUGUACUACGUCAACCUGCUGCUGAUCGACCACCGCUCCCUGCUCCGCCAGGGCGAGUUCAUCCUCCACAUGUGGAAAAUGCCGGAGAAGAGCGAUGAGAGCAGCAGCAGCAUCAACGCCGACAAGCUCACCUCAGCCACCAACCCGGACAAGGCCUCCACCAUGGCCAUCGCCAUUUUACUGGACAAGUAUUGCUACCCCGUGGUGCUGCCCAAGAGUCGCGACGUGGGCCGGGACAUCGGGGCUGGGGGCGAGGAGGCCGAGGGUGGGGAGCGAGGUCAGAGGGAGAUGCCGAACCACCUAAAGAAGCAGUUUGCGGCUAUCGUGGCUACAGACCCCCUGCAUCCCCUCAGUCCUGAGGACAAAGAGUUGCUCUGGCACUUCAGGCAUGAGUGUAUGCGCGACCCCAGGGCCUACCCAAAGCUUCUGGGCUCAGUCAGGUGGGGGAAACAGGAAGAUGUUUUAGCAACACACCGUCUGUUGGAGCGCAGCAGUGCGUGGGACAGCAGUGGUCUGGACGUUGGUCUGGCCAUGCAGCUGCUGGACUGUCACUACUCAGACGCUCAGGUUCGCUCAAUGGCUGUCAGGAAAUUGGAGACUCUGGGAGAUGAUGAUGUGCUCAGGUACCUCCUGCAGCUUGUACAGGCGGUCAAGUUUGAGCCUUACCAUGACAGCGCCCUGGUCAGGUUCCUGCUGAAGAGAGCUCUGAGGAGUAAGCGUAUAGGUCAUUUUCUCUUCUGGUUCCUGCGCAGCGAGAUCGCUCAGUCCAUGCAUUACCAGCAGAGGUAUGCUGUCCUGCUGGAGGCCUACCUGAGAGGCUGUGGUGAGGACAUGCUGCAGGACUUCAGGAAACAGGUGGAGAUGACUGAGGCUCUGCAGAAAGUCACCCGUGAGAUCAAGGCCAUGUCUGCUGACAAGUAUGACGUCACUGCACAAGGUGAGGAGGAGAAAUUACACAUUCAGUCCAUCCUGCAGCUCUGCAUGCAAUAUUCAGUUCUAUGGAUAAAAUGGGUUCUGUGUGCCGUCGAAAAGCCUGGUAGCUGUCGUGACAGUUGGCCCAAAGUUGAGUAUUUGACCGACGUCCUUCAUGUAGAUCCUGGGACUCCAGGAGCUGGAGCACCUGAGAUGAUUCUUUUUAAUUGGUUUCCUCUCAUGUCCCUUCAGAUUCUGCUGAUCAUGGAGUCAAUCUGGGAGACAGAAUCACUGGACCUCUGUCUGUUACCAUACGGCUGCAUCUCCACCGGAAACAGAAUAGGUAUGAUUGAGAUUGUGAAGGACGCCACCACCAUCGCUAACAUCCAGCAGAGUGUUGUAGGAAGCACCGGAGCUUUUAAAGAUGAAAUCCUUUAUCAGUGGCUCCGGGACAAGUGUGUCAGUGAGGACAAGUUCCAGCAGGCUGUGGAGAGGUUCCUGUACUCCUGCGGUGGCUACUGUGUGGCUACUUACGUCCUGGGUAUUGGAGAUCGCCACAAUGACAACAUCAUGAUCACUGAAUCUGGGAAUCUCUUCCACAUCGACUUCGGCCACAUCCUGGGGAAUUAUAAGAGUUUCAUGGGAAUCAGUAAGGAGUGGGUUCCCUUCGUGCUCACACCAGACUUCCUGUACGUCAUGGGAACAUCAGGAAAGAAGAGCAGCCCCCACUUCCAGAAAUUCCAGGAAGUGUGUGUGAAGGCUUACCUCGCCCUUCGGCACCACACCAACCUGCUCAUCAUCCUCUUCUCCAUGAUGCUGAUGACCGGCAUGCCCCAGCUGACUAGUAAGGAGGAUAUCGAGUAUAUCCGUGAGGCACUGACUGUCGGCCGCAGCGAGGACGAGGCGCAGCGCCACCUGCUGGACCAGAUAGAGAUCUGCAGAGAGAAAGGCUGGAUGGUUCAGAUCAACUGGUUUGUUCAUCUGGUGCUGGGGAUCAAGCAGGGUGUGGAGAAACGGUCCACUUAGGACUCUGUAUGAAUUAGGAAAGAUUACGUUUUUUACUUCAUAUUUCUGUUUUUUAGUCAAUGUAAAUAAGAGUCUUACAAGAGGGUUCCAACAGAAAAGUCUGGGUAGCUAUAAAAAUGAUUGCUUGAAAUUAUUUACAUUUUAUCUGCAAACACAGAUUUUGUAUUUUAUCUCAAAUAUAAAGAUGUUUUUAUGGAGAAUAACGAGAGUGGAAGACUGGAACGCUAAAAGCAAACUGCAUACAGUCUGCAGGAGUGACUGAAGAAGAGAAAAUGCAUAAGUGAAUAAAAAUAAGGAGGAUUAUAACCUAUGUGUGCAGACUUGCACCAAGAUGCCAAAGUUCCCAAGUGCUAAAUGUAAUUAACCAUAGUCUAUGGUGAGCAGAAAAUCAGUCCAACAGGAGUGAGUGCUCUCAUUACACAGCUUCGACCAAGUCAAACAUCCACACCGAAGUCAAAUGUUUUUUUCCUAAAUCAUCACUAGCGUAUGUCAGAAUUACCUUUCAUUUCUACACAUUUCAAGUUUUUCUCUAUCUGACCCAAAACAGUAGAUUUUGGUUAAAUAUGGAACCAAAAAGAGUAGAAACUAGAGUAAGGAAAUGGAUCUUUACACCCUCUAUUUUCAUCCUUUUUACAAAGUCUAAGUCCUUCCUGUUUCUAGCUGUCUUAUUCAAAGUCAUUUCCUGCUGAGCAAACACAUUUCCUUCACAUUGUUUAAUUUUAAAACGUGGUACAUGUCACACUGGUUAUUGAAUUCUCACUGAAGUCGUGCAACACUGUCCUCCACUCCAAGAGGAGCUGUUAAAGGAUCAGCCUGUGAAAUAUUUUUUCAGUUUUUACUGAAUAAUAUGCAAGGAAUUAUUGAAUUAGUUGCAUCCUUUUGGUCACAGAUAGAACAUAAUGUAUUACUAAUGAAGUGUUCAAGAGUUUAUUAUUUAUAUUAUUAACAAUCGUAUCAUUUGCACUGAUUGUUAAGGAAUAUGUCUCAGAUGUAUUGAAAAACUUCAUUCCAAAAAUAUGUAUUAAAAUCAAAUUGAAUUAUGCUAAUUUAUAACUACAUGCUGUAUGUGGCUUUGGAAUGCUACCGUGGCCUGUCGGUGACAUUUAGCACAUGCUGGUCAGUGCUAACCAGUCGCCUCUUAUAGGAUAGUGGAACAUAUACUGGAUUUUGUCUGCUGCCUUAUGAUUUGGAAUAUUUAAUUUGCACCAUUUAAAAAGUAAGAUUAUUCUGUUUACAAUAGCUGGAUUUUAAACUAUCUAUGUGAUCUUAUUAUCUCUUAAACUGUUUUUAUGCCAGGUCAUAUUUUCAAACAAAGUAAACACCCAUACAAGCCAGUUUGACUGACAGCAACAAGUUCAUAAUUUGCACAUCUCUCUCUCAAGUUUUUGUUGAAAUGAAUUUGGACAAGUGUACGAGACUGAGGCAAGAGACAUCAUAAACCUAAGGUAAUAAUGGAGUUUCAAGGAAUUGGCCACCACAGGUUGUGGAUUUUUUUGUUACAUUUUGAGUUACUUUCCAGUCGGCGAUAAAAGCUUCAAUAUGCCUCAGCAGUUUGAAAAUCAGUAUUUUUUGGAUGUGAUGGAAAACCUUCAUUUCUUCUUUCAUAAAUAACAUUAUGUAAUAAUUUGUGACUGUAAAUUGUAAAAACAUUCAAUCAUUGAUUCUGCAAAUGGAAUAACUGGAACGGCUUUUCUAUGGAAUCAUAUCAGACAAUUAAAGUUAUGCACUAUAAA